AUGGGAUGUGCCCUGAAAGUGUGUGAAGUUGAGUGCAUGAAAGCAAUGUUAUCUCAGGUCUUCAUGGAGUACAUGAGCUUGAGGACACAUGAAGAUAGUGAAGGCCUUGAAAGCUUGUCGCUUCCUGCCGAAGUUCCGCAGUUCUUACUGCUCGGCAACCAGUCAUCUGGGAAAACAACAAUCCUCCAGCGGAUGACCAAGCUACCCCUGGGUGUCACAGGAACAACGCAAGGCACCUGCCGACCUUUUCAGUUCACGCUGAUCUAUGAUCCCAGUGAAGAUGGCCAUGUGAUCCAUGUGGAUGGUGAAGAGGUGGUAAGAGAGCAUCUUCUGGAAAAACGCGUCAGUGUCACCGUUCGGUCCAAGCAUGUCACUUCCCUCAUCAUCGUGGACAUGCCUGGGCUGAGCAUGCAAAGCGAGGAGCCUUUGAAGAUGGCCCUGAAGGAACUAGAGGACAAAAAUGCUAUCCCCAUCCUUGUCCUGCAAAGCAGCGACCCAAGGUCUGCGGAGCCUGCCCGUCAAGCUUUUGAGAAGUUACUGGAAGGCCGUGGAAACCAGGCAGUAGCAAUCAUGAACAAGUUUGAUGAGAAGAUUCUGCAGCCUGAGUCGGAAUUGGGAAAUGCCACCAAGUGGAACCAGUGGGUUCAGAGCUGGAACAAUCAAGCAGCUGAGCAGACGGGCAGAUACUCUGCCUGGUUCAUGGUUGGAGUCCCGCCUGGAAACCCCAACCAGGAUCUUGUCACUCGCUUGAAGGAAUCCGGCGCGAAAGAGGAGGAGCUGAUCCAGGGAUGGAGGAAGAGGUGUGGUGCUGAAGCACAAUGGCCCAAGGCCAUCAAAUUUGGCCUUGCGAGCUUUGAAGAGCUUGUGCACAAUCAGCAGUCAGAGAAGUUGGCCAAUUUUGUGAACACUGUCGGGCCUCGACUAGAUGAACUUCGAAGGAGCGAGCCGGAUCAUCUUCCCUCAAAGCCCCAAGGCGGCUCAGGGCUGCUCCAAAAGAUGGCCUUCAUUGUCACUGAAGGGCAGAGCAUUUGGGAAGGAAAGCUAGAGUCAGGGCAGUUCACAGGAAAGGUGAAGAAGACAUUGCCACAAGAGCUCGAUUGGCUGAAAGAACAAAAAAUGGGACAAAGGGCUGAGCACAUUAUAGAUAUGCUCGAGAGCGGCAACUGGCAAAAGGCAGUGGGGCCAACGGUUGAGCCAAUUGCUGCCAGCGCUGAUGAUUUGGCUACUCCAGCUGCGCCGGACAUGAAUACAGCGAGUGCUGAUGGUGGUGACAGCAUGUCAGCUGCCAGACGUCGAAAGGAAUAUUUACAGACUUGGCUGGUUAAGACUGUGCAUGCUUCGGACACCCACCUUCUCGGAUUGACAGCAACAAGACGAUUUGCGGAGUGCAUUGAAAGAUUUGCUUUUAGUUUCCUCUUUCUGCAUACAACACGAAACUACACUCUGGAGUUCUUCAGGAACUCGGUGAGUGAUCAGCAGCAACAGUCCGCAAACAAUGCUAUCAAAGAGUACAAGAAAUCAAUGUGCGCCCGGGUUUUCAGACCACUGGUCGAACUGAUGAGAAUUGUGCUUGAGGACCAGUUUGUCAGGAGCAUGGAUGCCCCUUUUGAUUCAGACCAGCGGGAUCAGAAGCAAUGGUUCCGUGCACUGCGCAAGGAGGGCCUCGAGGUUGAGAACAUCCGCAAGACAUACGAACAGGAAGCAUCUUGGCAUAACUUGAAUGACAAGGGCUGGGUGAAUAAGCUCCAGUGUCGUGCAUCAGCUGCUCAUGACAAGGCAAGCUGCAGUAGAGUCACUAGAGUUGCGCAGAUGUGCGGCGAGGAGUUUGGCCGGAUGAUGGAGAAUGACAUUGAAACCCUAGAAAGCGAGCUCUUUCAUAGCUUCUCAGAUGACGAGUCCGCCGAGUUCAUCAGGCGAAAUACGGUCCUUGGUGAUUCCACACAUUUUGGACGAGAUGGUGGCAACUAUCAGUACUCGCCUGACGCCCUUGCUCGCAGGUUUCUGGCCAUGUUCGUGGCACAGGUGAAGGAGACUUCGUCAUUCCACAUGACGGCCUUGCGUGAUCAAGCGAAGAAUGCCCUGCAGAAUAGCAACAUCACCACGCCGGUGGAAGCUGGUGAGCAUCAAGUGGCUGACUACUUCCAUCCCAUUGAGGGCGAUUCCCCCCAUGUUAUCGCAGAGCCAGGCUUCAAAUGCAUUUCUUCUGCUCCGACUUGGAAUCAACUCUUUUCUGGCCCCAAUGCACCUCGCAAAGAAGAUUUCAAAAGAUUGCAUUUGGCCUCACCAAAGUUCAGUUCUGCUGAAUAUUGCCGAGUUGAUAUGGAGAUUUUUGGCCACACAGAUCAAAAUGUCGUCUUUGCUUCUCCUUGGCCGACGCACAAGAACCAGCUCGCAGGAAUGAGACCAGACUCUUGUGACUGUGGUGUUGUGCUAGUACGUGAAAAGACAGGAGAAAUAUGCCAGCCACAGCAAGCAAAAAAGGACUGGGAGAUGGUUACUUUUGAGCUUCCAGAGAGCCCUGACGAAGAGUACACGAUCCACAUUUUGGACUUCCGACCGCGAGGCAUUGCUUGCAGACAGAUGAAAAGCCACCGGCGUCAAGAGCAUAACUCGCCGUCAGCAGCAACCGCCCCGCAGCAGGAGUCAACCCAACAGCUGGAUGCAGACCAGGCAUUGGAUCAGCAGCUUGCUCGCCGAUCACUAGGGACCGGUGGUGCCUUGGCCAAAAUCAUGGGUUCUGAGGUGGCUUUCCAUGUUGAGAGCCACCCGCAGACCCGCCAUGAGGCGACCAUGUUUCAUGACCUGUACUCCAGAAUCGCCAUGGAGAUGACCUCGACCUUGAAGCAGUUCCACGCGGAUAUUCAGCAGAACAUCAGCAAGUUUCGUGAAUUGAGCUAUGGUCAGGCUCCUUACUUCAUAGAAGGGCUUGGGCGCUCUAUCAAACACAUGGAACUGAAACAAGAGGAGGAGAAUCGCUUGAAGCUUGCCCUCAGUUGCCGCCGCCUGAUCUUGCUUGAAAAGGCACGCGUCCUGUUCGAAGAAUGCCAAGCUUUGCGUUGA